GUGCGACAAAGGGGGCGAGCAGGCGGCAGGGCGCGCCGGGAGACAAGGCUGAGUGCACGCCGCCCGCGCCCUCGAAGGCUCGAGUCCCACUCCUUCCUCCCUUCUUGCAGCCCCGCCGCGCCCUGGCGAAGGCUACAGGGUCAGGUUCCCCGCACCGAGAAGCCCAGAAGCCCGGCUGCGGGCGCUCUGAAGAUCCGGGACCCCGGCCUCCGUCCCCCGCCAGCUUUAGGGACUCUGGCGGCGUCUCUUAGCCGGGUAGAUGUUCCUCCUUUCCCUCUCUCUUCCAAGCCGCUGCCAGGCCGGGGGUGAGGCUGCACCUCAGUCUUCAGCCCCGAAGGCCGCGCCCGGGGCGGGUCGCUCCCCAUUCAGCUAAGAGGAAGCAGCGGCCGGGGGGGAGGCGAGGAACCUGGCCCGGCUCACCCAGCAAGACUGCGUUUCCCCCACCCUCGGCGCUUCUUUCUGUGAAUGUGAAUGGAACUAAGCGUUCCUUUCUCUCCCUCAAUGGCCGGCGAGGGGAAUUCAAAUGCGGUCUUUGGGCGCUCGGUAUGGGUCUGGACCUUGGUUUUCAGAGCCUGCGCGUCCAAGGUCGCUAGCCUUUCCCGAAGGAAGUGACAGCUGCGGCGGCGCGGGAGGCCCAUCCUCGGUCGUUUAAAGCCACUUAAGGAAUAAAAGCCCCCGAGAGAGCAAAAAGACCACCCGAAACCUCGGAAGCGUCGGGGGUGCCGGGCCCAACGCCCCCACGUGUCACUGCCGGGGACUCGCGAGGCGAAGCUUCCCAGCGCUCAAGGCGCUCCCGCCUCGUCCCCAGAGCCGCCGAGCGUGCGGUCCCGGGAUGGCUCUACCCCGGCCAAGUGAGGCCGUGCCUCAGGACAAGGUGUGCUACCCGCCGGAGAGCAGCCCGCAGAACCUGGCCGCGUACUACACGCCUUUCCCGGCCUAUGGACACUACAGAAACAGCCUGGCCACCGUGGAGGAAGACUUCCAACCUUUCCGGCAGCUGGAGGCCGCAGCGUCUGCUGCCCCCGCCAUGCCCCCCUUCCCCUUCCGGAUGGCGCCUCCCUUGCUGAGCCCGGGUCUGGGUCUACCGAGGGAGCCUCUCUACGAUCUGCCCUGGUACAGCAAGCUGCCACCGUGGUACCCAAUUCCCCACGUCCCCAGGGAAGUGCCGCCCUUCCUGAGCAGCAGCCACGAGUACACGGGUGCCAGCAGUGAAGAUCUGGGCCACCAAAUCAUUGGUGGCGACAACGAGAGUGGCCCGUGUUGUGGACCUGACACUUUAAUUCCACCGCCCCCUGCGGAUGCUUCUCUGUUACCUGAGGGGCUGAGGAUCUCCCAGUUAUUACCUUGCUCACCCAGCAAGCAGUCAGAGGAUGGUCCCAAACCCUCCAACCAAGAAGAGAAGUCCCCUGCUCGGUUCCAGUUCACGGAGGAGGACCUGCACUUCGUUCUGUACGGGGUCACUCCCAGCCUGGAGCACCCAGCCAGCCUGCACCAUGCGAUUUCAGGCCUCCUGGUCCCCCCAGACAGCUCUGGAUCUGAUUCUCUUCCUCAAACUCUGGAUAAAGACUCCCUUCAACUUCCAGAAGGUCUAUGCCUCAUGCAGACGGUGUUUGGUGAAGUCCCACAUUUUGGUGUGUUCUGCAGUAGUUUUAUUGCCAAAGGAGUCAGGUUUGGGCCCUUUCAAGGUAAAGUGGUCAACGCCAGUGAAGUGAAGACCUACGGAGACAAUUCUGUGAUGUGGGAGAUCUUUGAAGAUGGUCAUUUGAGCCACUUUAUAGAUGGAAAAGGAGGUACGGGGAACUGGAUGUCCUAUGUCAACUGUGCCCGCUUCCCCAAGGAGCAGAACCUAGUUGCUGUGCAGUGUCAAGGGCAUAUAUUUUAUGAGAGCUGCAAAGAGAUCCAUCAGAACCAAGAGCUCCUUGUGUGGUAUGGAGACUGCUAUGAGAAAUUUCUGGAUAUUCCUGUGAGCCUUCAGGUCACAGAGCCAGGGAAGCAGCCAUCUGGGCCCUCUGAAGAGUCUGCAGAAGGCUACAGAUGUGAAAGAUGUGGGAAGGUAUUUACCUACAAAUAUUACAGAGAUAAGCACCUCAAGUACACCCCCUGUGUGGACAAGGGCGAUAGGAAAUUUCCCUGUUCUCUCUGCAAACGAUCCUUUGAGAAGCGGGACCGGCUUCGGAUCCACAUUCUUCAUGUUCAUGAGAAGCACCGGCCUCACAAGUGUUCUACAUGUGGGAAAUGUUUCUCUCAGUCUUCCAGCCUAAACAAACACAUGCGAGUCCACUCUGGAGACAGACCAUACCAAUGUGUGUAUUGUACUAAGAGGUUCACUGCCUCCAGCAUACUCCGCACACACAUCAGGCAGCACUCCGGGGAGAAGCCCUUCAAAUGCAAGUACUGUGGUAAAUCUUUUGCAUCCCAUGCUGCCCAUGACAGCCAUGUCCGGCGUUCACACAAGGAGGAUGAUGGCUGCUCAUGCAGCAUCUGUGGGAAAAUCUUCUCAGAUCAAGAAACAUUCUACUCCCACAUGAAGUUUCAUGAAGACUACUAGCCCUGCCAGGCAUAGUGACUAACGCCUGUAAUCCCAGCACUUUGGGAGGCAGAGGCGGGUGGAUCACUCAAGUCCAGGAGUUCGAGACCAGCCUGGGCAACAUGGUGAAACCCCGUCUCUACCAAAAAAAUACAAAAAUCAGCUGGGGGUGGUGGCACAUGCCUGUGGUCCCAGCCACUCAGGAGGUCGAGGUGACAGGAUGGUUUGAGCACAGGAGACGGAGGUUGCUGUGAGCUGAGAUCGCCCCACUGCUUUUCAACCUGGGUGACAGAACCAGAACCUGUCUCAAAAAAAAAAAAAAAAAAAAAAAAACAACAACAAAAAAAACGACUAGCCCUCAAGAGUGUGGAGACAAUGUAAAAACAAGAGAUUCAGAUUCUCUCUAUUUCCUUUUAUGGGUUAUAGAAGUCCCUGCAGUUGGCUGUGUGUGGUGGCUCAUGCCUGUUAUUCCAACACUUUGGGAGGCCCAGAUGGGCGGAUCAGCUGAGGUCAGGAGUUCAAGACCAUGCUGGCCAACAUGGUGAAACCCCGUCUCUACUAAAAAUGCAAAAAUUAGCCUGGUGUGGUGGCACAUGCCUGUAAUACCAGCUACUUGGGAGGGGAAUUGCUUGAACCCAGAGGCGGAGGUUGCAAUGAUCUGAGAAAAAGGUAGCUUUUUCUCUACUAUUUUCCUUGGGCCCCCAAUUAUACUAUGCGGUCAUCACGUGUUAUAUUUCUUUAUAGAAAAGAUUCUUAUAUAUAUAAAGAGACAGAGAGGCAGAUCCCAACAUGUUACCCAGGCUGGUCUCAAACUCCUGGGCUCAACUGAUCCUCUCGCCUCAGCCUCCCAAAGUGCUGGGAUUAUAGGUGUGAGCCACUGCAUCAGGCCUAGAACAAAUCCUCUAAAAAUUCACUUAUCAUACUGUGCACUUGGCAGAAACAAAAACAAACAAAAACCCCACUAAAUAAAUAAAUAUUAAUUUAAAGCCAGGCGUGGUGGCACACACCUGUAGUCCCAGUUGCUUGGGAGGCCGAGGCAGGAGGAUCCCUUGAGGUCAGGAGUUUGAGGCUGUAGUGCUCUAUGAUCACACCUGUGAAUAGUCAGUGCACUCUAGCCUGGAAACAGCAAGAUUCCCACUUCUAAAAUAUACAUAAAUAAAUUAAAUAAAAGUAAAAAUUUGGCUGGGCACAGUGGCUCAUGGCUGUAAUCCCAGCACUUUGGGAGGCUAAAGUGGGCAGAUUGGUUCAGCCCAGGAGUUCCAGACGAGCUUGGGCAACAUGCUGAAACCCUAUCUCUCCAAAAAAAAAAAAAAGAAAAACUAGCCAGGUAUUGUGGCACAUGCCUGUAGUCCCAGUUACUCAGGACACUGAGGCGGAAGGAUCGGUUGAGCCUGGGAGGUCGAGGCUGCCGUGAGCCAUGAUGGUGCACAACCUGGGUGACAGAUCAAGACCCUGUCUCAAAUAAAUAAAUAUAAAUAAAUAAGAA